AUGAACCGAUGGUUUAUUAAGUCUGUUGAAUUCGGACAUGCGGCAGCCCUUCACGGUGACGGUCCACCUGUCCACCCCACUGUCCUUCCACGCUGGGGAUUGCUGAAGCGAAGUAGUUCAAACCUCCAUUUGGCAGAGGGGCCGUCCUCUAUCCCGCCUUCGAGUAAUGCAUCUCGUGGACGCUUCUCGGGUGCUUCGCUCGAAGCGCGCGACGGUCCCCCAACACCCACGGCUGCAAGCUCUAGCGCACAGGAUAUCCCACCCACUCGGAUAACCCAGGAUCCUUCACUACUCAUCGCUCCUACUCCCAUUCCCGAACCGAAUCAUUACCAGUCUUCAAAUUCAGGCAGUAUUGCAAAGACCGAAGCGCCGCCUGCCAUUGAGCUUGUGACGGAAACGCUCGCGCAUGCCCAAACAGGUGUUGCAGGUAUCAGCCCUAUCUAA